AUGACCAACGGCAUGGUGCGUGAAGUUGACCGUGCAAUUGGUGCUUUAUCGACGCUCUUUGUGGGUGUUGGGCUGCUCGUGCUCCGUGAAUUGUACCGGAGUAUGCGAGACAAUGAGGGCAAGUGGGAGCGCUGUGACUUGAAUCGAUGCGGACAGGACGUUUACUACCAAAAGAAGUAUGGAAUGACCACACUACCAUUAUUCCAGCAUCAAGGAGGAUGCGAUUGCGGAUCUCUGCGAUUUGUGGUCUUUGCGCCAAAAAAAGUAGAGGCGUUUGAUGACAGCAAUACAUUUUCGUGCAAGAAAGGAAGAUUUCCGCUUUUGAUUGCUCCAACGUCUUGCUUUGAGAUGAUGGAAUCAUCGGAUGUGUCGUUGUAUGAGAGCCAAGCCACGUCAUGCCAGCAUGCCUUUUGCGCCAAAUGUGGUAUACACAUUUUCCAGUUUGAUCACACACAACCAGACUGCAUUGCUGUCAACUUGUACUGCGUGGAAGACGAGAACUUUGAGGAUAUAAAGAUCAUAUUUAUUCCAAAAGGCUCACGCCCACUCUUCGGCCGAGCCAACCGCCUGCCUUUGGAGUAUCGUCGUCCACUACAAUCCCAGGGAUUUGCACCAGUACAGGAAGACAGCAAAGAAUCGACCAUUGUGUUUCAAAAGCAGAUGAUGAUGUGGGCCCGAAUGGAUAAUUAUGAAAAGUACCAAGAACCAUCUUCGGAUGAUACGCAGUCUUCCACGAGUUCUACCAGCCAGACCAGGCGCUUUUCAUUUGCAUCGUCAGAAGACCCAACAACCGUGACGAAAGACCAAUUGGAGUUUUAUCUCAAGCGCCAUAUGGAUGAUACUCCACAGGAAGAGUUUCGCGUCUAA